UAAAACGACGUCGUGUACUGCUUCCAUCUCCAUCUUCUUGACAGCUCUGCUCAGUAGCAACAACAACACCACAAUGGGAAGCAUACACAACAGCAAGAGUAGACCUUACAGUUCCACCACCACAACAACCCCAUGCACUCGCACACACCAGAUCGGUGCUCUAUUUCUCAUCAUCAUCACUUUCUUCCUCACCAGAAUCUUCGACCGCUCCCUAACUUCCUGUUCCUUCUCAACUUCGUACAGAUCCGAAAACGACGUCGUAGUGUUAUCUGAUUCUGGUGGGUGGCCACAACGUGGGUAUGGGACACAUCUUAACUUGAAGAUUUAUGUGUAUGAUGAGAAUGAGAUUGAUGGGUUAAAACAUUUGUUGUAUGGUCGUGAUGGAAAAAUUUCUCCUAAUUCUUGUGUUAAAGGCCAAUGGGGUACUCAGGUUAAGAUACAUAGGAUGCUUUUGCAGUCAAGGUUCCGGACCAAAAAGAAAGAAGAGGCAGAUCUUUUCUUUGUGCCUGCUUAUCCUAAAUGUGUUAGAGUGAUGGGCGGCCUGAAUGACAAAGAGAUUAAUCAGACCUAUGUGAAGGUGUUAACUCAAAUGCCAUAUUUCAGGUUAUCUGGUGGCCGCAACCACAUAUUUGUCUUCCCAAGUGGGGCUGGAGCGCAUUUAUUUAAAUCUUGGGCAGCAUACUUGAAUCGGUCUAUAAUUCUUACUCCUGAGGGGGAUCGCACAGAUAAAAGAGACACUAGUGCCUUUAAUACAUGGAAAGAUAUUAUCAUACCUGGAAACAUUGAUGAUGGGAUGACUACUCAUGGCUCUAGGACAGUUGAGCCUUUGCCUUUGUCAAAGAGGAAACAUUUAGCGAACUAUUUAGGUCGAGCACAAGGAAAGAUGGGUCGCCUUCGGUUGAUAGAACUCUCAAAGCAAUUCCCAGACAAGUUGGAAUGUCCAGAAUUGAAAUUCAGUGGUCCUGACAAGCUAGGAAGGAAGGAAUAUUUUGAACAUCUCCGCAAUGCCAAGUUCUGCCUCGCUCCACGUGGUGAAUCAUCAUGGACGCUUCGCUUUUAUGAGUCCUUCUUUGUGGAAUGUGUUCCAGUACUCCUAUCGGAUCAAGUAGAAUUACCAUUUCAGAAUGUGAUUGACUACACCCAAAUAUCAAUCAAAUGGCCAUCUACUCAUAUAGGAACCGAACUAUUGGACUACCUAGAAUCAAUACCUGAUCAGGACAUUGAAGAGAUGAUAGCUAGGGGUCAAAAGAUCAGGUGCUUGUUCGCUUAUACUCCCGAGUCUGACUCCUGCUCUGCAUUUAAUGCAAUUAUGUGGGAACUGCAGAGGAAAGUAAGGCAGUUCCACCAGUCAUCAGAAACUUUCUGGCUCCAUAAUAGAACGAUAGUCAACAGAAAUUUGGUGGAAUUCAGCAAAUGGAAACCACCCAUGCCUCUGCCUUGAAUAUGUUUUACACUACUUGUAGAUCAAUUGUGCUUUUGCUAUAGUUGCAUUGUAAUUGUUACAGAUUUAUAUAGGAAAAUCUCACGAAUUGUUUUUUUUUUUUUUUUUUUCACACUGGUAGAAGAAAUCUGCACUUCCGUUUUUGGUAUUUUUUCCUUAAAAAUUGUAUGAUGUAUUAGGUAGGUUGUCACAGGAAUUGUGGUUCCUUAGGCUAUACUGAAGACUGAAGUUAAGCUGUCCUGCUUAGUGGUUUUCGUAUGUGUUCUCCUCAAGCUUUAACUGUAUUUUUAGAUUCAUUUAUGUGCUGUGGCUUUAGUUAAGCCAUUUUUAAAACUAAGUCAUUCUUGUAAAUAUAUUAUCUGCACGUGCUUUUGGCACACGGCAUUUUACUCUUGA